AAGCUCCUGGCUGAAAAUAAUGAAGGUGAAGUUAUAAAUUUAAUGCAACAACAAAGUAAUAUAGAAAUUCCUGAAUCGGAUGAGGUUUACCCUUUAUUAGAAAAAAGUGGAUUAACAAGAUAUCAAAUUUAUUCAAAAAUUUUAGACAAAUUAGCAAAUAAUUUUAUAAAAAAAGUUGAAACGCAAAACUGGGAUGAUGCAAAGAUACAAAAUUUUAUAAAUUCCAAUAAAUCUUUAUUUGAAUCUGAUGAAUUUCGUAAAGUGAUAAUAUCAGUUAUUAAUAAAUAUUAUAAACGUUUGAAGGGUCCAAACACUAAUAUUUUUGAAUUUUUAAAGAGAGAAUCAUGGGUUAUACCAGUAAUUGAAGUUAAACGUGAAAUAUUGUCUCGUGAUAUAAGUCUGUUUAAGGAAUAUGUGCAACCAGCAUUUGAAGAUUAUCUGAAGGAUGCUUUUAUAGAAUUGAUGAGUAGGGAGAUAAGAGGAGUUAGUAUAUAUGAGAUUUUAGAUUAUAGAGUUAAUCAACGUGGUGUUCUUGAAUUGGUUAAUUUAGUUGGCGAUAAUAAAGAACUUUUUCAUGCUAUUCCACAAUUUUUUAGAGAUUGGUUUAGAGAGUAUGGAUGGACAAAGAUUCCAACAUUUAAAUUUGAUUUUUUAAUGGCAAUGCAAAAUGCUGGAAGGAUUCAAAUUUGUAAAUUAGAACCUGCGUAUCAUGUAGUUUGGUAUUUGAAUAAGGGACUUAGACAAGGAUUUAAAUUGGAACAAAUUGUUGAAAUUAAAAGGAUAUUGGAUGAUUGUUAUAAAAAUAAUAUUGCUACAGAAUACAUGCAACAUGAAAAGACAUCACUUUUAAAAUUCUUGACAGAACUGGUCAACCUUGGCAUAAAUUCACGAAAAAUGUUACAAAGAAGAGAAUUUUAUGAAGUACCGUUUGAUGAGGCAGAUAUUUAUGAAAUAUUUUAUCGACAAUUAUUGCUUUUUAUGUAUGAUGAUAAAUGCAGAGAAGAAGAGAUAAAAUCUUGUUUUAAUGAGAAUCCUACAAUAGAUGAUGAAAAUGAUACUGGGAGUAAUAAUGACCAACCUAUAUUUCGAUUCAGAGAACCUGAGGUUGCAAUAUUAAAAAAAAAUGAACUUGCUAGAAAGUUAUUCUGUCAUUAUUUGGCUGAACGCUUAGAUAAUAAAGACACAGAUAGAUUUCGACAGUGUUUUACUUAUUUUAGUUUAACAAUUCAAAAAGAUGUGGAUGAUAUUUAUGAUUAUGCAUUCCAAACGUUCACCACUAUUGUCAUUACAAAACAUAGAAUACGUGCACUUUGUAGCAAAAGAUGGCGAGCAGUAGUUUCGUGCUUUUUGUCAGUAGCCAAUAGAAGAAAAAUAUUCCACGAAUUUACACUAAAACUUUUGAUUGAAUUGGCAUCUGAAGAAAAUGUUCAAAUAAUAACAGAUUCUGGAAAUGCAGAAAAAUUCAAGCUAAUAAGAGAUUGGUCCGAGGUUUUACUUGCUGGCGUAGUUCAAGUAGUUCCGUAUUCAGAAAAGAAAAAAUUUUAUGAAUUAUAUAAAGAGUUAUUAAAGAGAACCGAAAAUUCACUUGGCGGAGUGUUCAAGAUCAAUUCAAAACCUGAUAGUCUUAUGUUUGCCAUAUUAAAAAGUUUAAGUGGUGAGAGUGAUUCAAGUGAAGAAUUAACAAUGUAA